ACUAUGAGACGUAUUCAAAUGUCACGCAGAAAUUCGUUAGAGAACUGCGUGAGGUGGGAGAAAUUCAUUAUUAGAGAGUAAUUGCGUGUGGCGGGAGAAAUUCAUUUUUCCUCGUUUCAGAUAUGGUCACCGGGAAAUUUCACAAUUGUUAGACAGAGAGAAUCUCUAUUGCAGAUGAAUUAUAUCUUUCUAAACAUUUGAGCAAUUUUACGAAAAUAAUAGGAGGAGGGGAAACUGAAAAGAAGAGGGCCGUAUCAUUUUGAGGAGGGGUUUGGGCGAAUAUGAAUGGUAAGGGAGGGUACUCCAGGCAAACUCCAUUCCUAUGCUGAGAAACCCUCCAAAAACUAAGACGCUGGUGGUCAAAGGCCAAAGGGUCCUCGAUAUUAUAGCUUCAAAGCCUGAUGUCGUCCGCAAUCGCAAAAACCAUCUUCGCCUCGUCGACGACUUUCUGCGAACAACCAAUUCACUUCAAUUCCCGGAAUCCCAAGGCGGUAGGAUAGGAAACCCUCCAAACGCAAACGAGAGUUCAAAAGUUUUAGAGCUGUUUAGACGUCAUCAACAAGGGUUGAGUGUUGGUCCAAGUGUUUUGUCAAAUGCUUUGAGUUUAUGCGGGUCCGAGAGAGCUGUAAGUGCAGGCAUUCAAAUGCAUGGUCUGGCAGUCAUUAAUGGGUUCCUCUGCAAUGUUUAUGUUGGCAGUUCUUUGAUCACGUUUUACAGCAAAUGCGGAGUACUCAAUAGUGCUUAUAAAGUGUUCGAUGAAAUGCCCACAAGAAAUAUUGUGUCGUGGACUGCAAUUAUAAAUGGUUUUGCGCAAGAAUGCCGGAUUGACAUCUGUUUGCAGCUUUAUCGUAAAAUGAGGGAUUUGACGUUGAAGCCCAAUGCUUUUACCUUUGCGAGCUUUCUCUGUGCAUGCACCGGUAGUGGGUGUCUUGGGAAAGGGAGGAGUGUUCACUGUCAAACAAUUCUCACCGGCUUUGAUUGCUACAUACAUGUUGCUAAUGCUCUUAUAUCUAUGUAUUGUAAAUGUGGCAGCGUUGAGGAUGCUUUGGCUAUAUUUUGGGAAACAGAUAAUAGAGAUUUGGUUUCAUGGAAUUCCAUGAUUGCUGGUUAUGCACUGCACGGCCUUGCGUUGAAGGCUGUUGGGCUUUUUGAAGAAAUGACGCACCAGAGGGUGAAGCCUGAUGCCAUUACUUUUCUUGGAAUUUUGACUUCUUGUCGACAUGCAGGUUUAGUCAAACAAGGCAGAUUUUUCUUCAACUUAAUGGCAGAGUAUGGUGUAAAUCCGGGGCAAGACCAUUACUCCUGCAUUGUGGACCUCCUUGGUCGAGCAGGUAUGCUAGAAGAGGCUAGGGAUUUCAUCAAAAGAAUGCCCAUCAGUCCUAAUGCUGUCAUAUGGGGUUCAUUACUUUCUUCCUGUAGGCUUCAUGAGAAUGUUUGGGUGGGCAUCGAAGCUGCUGAGAACAGGCUUUUACUGAAGCCAUCGUGCGCUGUUACCCACUUGCAGCUCGCAAACUUGUAUGCCAGUGUUGGGUACUGGGAUCAGGCAGCAAGAGUGCGGAAAUUGAUGAAGGAUAAGUGCCUGAAAACAGAUCCUGGACGUAGUUGGGUUGAGAUCAAGAAUGGAGUUUACCAGUUUAGAGCUGAAGACAUAUCCAACUCCAAUUACACACACAUUCUAGCUAUGAUGGAUAGCUUAGUAGACCACAUGCGAUGCUUUGGUCAUUUACCUAUAAUAUUUGAAGAAACCGAUUCUCCAUAAAAAGGCAAACAUGAUAUUUCUGGAAGUUGCCAAGACUCUUGGCAUGGUUUUUGAGGUGAUUGUUUUCUUUUGCGUAAGGUACUUCCGCAGUGACUAUUGAGGAGUUUGUAUCUUAAGAAAGUGGCCCAUUUUUCAUACAAAAAGCUGGCAGGUGCGUGCAAAACCAGCACAUAGACAAAAACAACGUUCCCAUACUUGAAUUGCAAAAGAAAAUGUGCCUGAUGCUUCUUGAGAUAUAGAAGAAUUAUUCUGAAUUUCUUCUAAGACAGGUGACUCAGAAAAAAAAUGAUAAGGAAAAGAGGAAUCCUCUUGCAUUUAAUUGUAGAGAGAGAGUGGGAUUGGCGAUGUUUGUUAUUCCUCAUGUUACGAAACUAGAAUAUAGAAUGCUACCCAACUAAACCAAGCAUUUUUCUUGUACUACUUUUC